AUGCUGAAGACAAGAGAAAAGGUUGGCCACAAAGAUCAAACAAUGUCUCAGUCUGUGGAUCCGAAAUCAGAUAAGAUCGGACACAAUAACAACAUCAACAACAACACCAAAGCGAUCACUAACCCACUGGCUCUGAGUCUCUUGAUCGGUCUGAAAAACAACAAGUGCAUCUCAGAUUCUGAUUUUGUCAGGAGCCCUAAAUCUCCUCUUGAAUUCAGGGUGUUGUCUACAAUGGCUGAGCCGUUCUUCCUCAGAUGUCCUAGAUCAUCACUCACUGCUCAUCUCAACUGUUGUUGUGGCCCUGUUAAAGUUGGGUUAAGCAUUGUGGAUUCUCUCGCUGAUGAUCGGGUUUUGUCACCAGAUAUUGUGUUUGGACCUGCCUUGAGUAUCAAGUCUUCUGAGAUUAGGGACAAACAUCCCAAGUUGUCCUCUGAGCCUAAGCCCGUGGAGAUCAAGAAGGAAAUAUCUGGUGCUAUCUUCCAAAUCGGUGAGACUGAGCCGGGAGAAACCCGAGUUCUGUCUCGAUCCAAGUUCUGCGCAGAAGGGAACUCAGAAAUUGCUUUCUCAUGUUGUCUAUCUGAGGAUGAGGAUGAGAUGGAGAUGUCAGAGGACUACACUUGUAUCAUUUCACAUGGUCCUAACCCGAAAACGACUCAUAUUUAUGGUGGCCGAGUUUUAGAGUGUCACAAGAAUGAGUUUGAUAACAAAAAAAGUAUGUGGAAACAGAGUUUGAUUCCAUGUUUCCCAUCGAUAAUUUCCUCACCGUAUGUAACUUCUGCAACAAAAAACUUGAAGUUGGAGAAGACAUAUAUAUGUACAGGUGUAGAGAAAGGGUUUUGCAGUGAAGAGUGUCGUUCAGAGGAGAUGAUGAUAGAUGAGGAAGACAUGGAAGAUUCUUGCAUAGUUAUGCAGGAAUCUUUACAGAAGCUCUUCUGAACAAGAAGAAGCUAAUAAGACGAUGGUCAUGGGACGAGCUUUUAUAGACCCGACCAUUGUCCUAUUAACCCUACCUAAACAGACUUUUAUUAUAUAUAUAUAUUGACCAGUGUCAUGCCAAUGGUAAGGUAAUCUUUUGGCACUAAUAUGGUUUCAUCCGUCUACAAAGAGCUGUGUUUAUGGGCAUCUAUUAGCAAGCUGCAGCAGCCACGGAUGAAUCGGUCGGCCUUCUUUUUCUGUAUAUUUUGUAAUGGGUUUUGGUUUUUGUUUUUUGUUUUUGGUUUGUAUAUCGAAGUUGAUCAUAACCUCAUAAGUCAUGAAGAGAGAGGGUUGGGUGCAAGAAAGGGUUUUUCUGUGACCACUCUAUUUUCUUAUUUUGAGACAUGUUUUUAGGGUCUUUCUAUGGAUGGCUUCAUAGGUUUGUCUGCAGAUUUUUAAUUGAAUAAGUGAUAUAUGUAUG